AUGCCAGAGUUGGAUUCCUUUGGAAACCGUUCCCCCCAGCAUCCUCUCCACGAAAACAACACCCCAGAUCUCCACUCCAGUCUUGCAGACUCCGAAAAGCCAGACUUUUCCACCCAGGACCACGACCUAGUGCUGCCCCAGAGACUGCCCCAGCAUACGAAAGACCUGCCACUAACUGACAUUGGCACCUCACCUCCAGCGUUCGAGAUCAACUCUUUGACGCAUAAGGGUUCACGAGACUCCUACGAAAGUUCCGAAUUAAGUGAUUUGGGCGACGACGGCAGUGAGGCUGAAACUGACAAGAUGGAUUUCUUGGACGACGACAAUUCGUCUCUGAGGGAUAAGGUUUCUGACUUACACGCUCUUUCUGAGCUCACCGAGAUGGCUCGUCUUCAGGGCGUCGACUCUGACGAUCUGGACGAUAACUUCCCCAAGGACAUCAGCCACGAGGAUGCCCUUCAGCUUAAUGGGAAGCACGAUGGGGACCAUGAAGAACUGGAAAGACCCGCUAAGCAGCGCAGACUACUGGGCUCUAAAGAUCAUGACGACGCCUCGGAAGAUGACUCUGAGUCUGGUACUCGCAGUCCCGCUUCUGCCUCGCCCACGACGGCUGCCACAGAAGCUGUGGAGUUAGAGACAUCGGAGCUUAUACGGCACGAGUCGUCUGAAAAGGCUGCCGAUGUGAAGAAGGAGCCUGUUGAUGAAGAUCAAAAUGAAGAUGUGCUGGCUGAGGAAGGUGAUAACGAGGACGCCGAGGAGGCUGACCACGAGGAUGCUGAGAAUGGCGAUGUCGAUGAGACGGAAGCCAAGAAGGAGGAGGAAGACGAUGAGCUUGACAAUGCUAAAGUGGAAGAAAACGGCGCUCUUGAAGAGCCUGCCGAAGACGCUGAAGAGGCCGAAGCUGAUGUUGAAGAUACUGAGAAGCAGGAGGAGGAAGAACAGGCCGCUGAAGCUGCUGAGAAGGCCGAGGCUGAAAAGAUCGAUGAGGCUAGUGCUAAAGAGCAACAGAUUGCUGAAGAGAAUGAUGUUAACAUGGAUGAACAUCGCAAGUUGGCUGUUGACGAACUCAUAUCGAUCGAAACCGACUUUGCACACCUUCGAGACAAGCUCUACCAAGACAAACUCAGUUUACUAGAACACGAGCUUCAGCUCUGUUUAGACGGGCUGCAUCCAGAGCUUCUACAGAUCUACCUCAAGGUGAACGAGUUUUACCAAGACAGCAUACGGCUCGCCAAUGCCACCCUCAACUACAGUCUCAAAUGCAUCAACAACGAAACCAUUGCUUCUCGCACAGCUAUCCACCAGGACUUCAUGAAGAAUUCCAUGGACAUGAAGAACGAUAUGAUCACCGAGGCAACGCUGCAGUGGUACAAGGUCAACAAGGAGCGCAGCAGCUUGGACCAGCUAGUGCCAGACUUCAAUUUCGCAGCCAUCCCCACGAUACCGACUUCCGACGAGCCCCGCGGCUUCAGUGGACCAAUUGUUGCCGGCGGGUCCAGCAUGGAGUAUUACAUGGAAAACCCAGGCUUGAGCAAAAAAGCCAUGAAACAGAACAUACUUUACGAGCUCGUGCAACAACGCAACAGUCUAAAUGAGGAGCUUGGCAUUCUCAAUGGGCUUAAAGAGUUCCAUGGGUUCCCAUGUGGAGUUUCCAGCCGGAUCCAUAAAGAUGAGCCUGGGCCUAUCGGAGUGGAAGAACUCAUCCUUAGAAAAGCCACUAAUGACGAAGUCGAGGAAGACUUGCGUGCCAUGGGUAUUCCCAUAAACUGA